CAAAGACACCUGAGUGCUUGGCUGGUGAUGUGCCAGCAGAGUGUACCUGCCAAGGCCUGGAGGUUUUCUGUGAUGCUGCCAAACUACGUGCUGUCCCAUCAGUCUCUCCAAACAUAACCAUCAUGUCUCUUCAGAGGAAUCAGCUGAGGAAACUUUCUGCUGAUGUUUUCAAGAAAUACCAAGAUCUUAAAAAUCUGUAUCUUCAGAAUAAUAAAAUCAGAGCCAUAUCUGAACGUGCUUUCAAGGGUUUAUACAACUUGACAAAACUAUACCUGAGCAACAACAAGAUAACGAAUUUGGAGCCUUUUGUCUUUGCAGACCUCCACAGGCUUGAAUGGCUGAUAAUUGAAAACAACAGGAUAAAUCGGAUCUAUCCAUUAACAUUCUAUGGACUCAAAUCCCUUAUUCUUCUAGAGAUGAUGAAUAAUUCUCUUGCUCGCUUGCCUGAUAAACCUCUGUGCCAAUAUAUGCCAAGAUUAAACUGGCUGGACCUUGAAGGCAACCAUAUCCAUCACGUGAAAAAUGCCACUUUCAUGUCCUGCAGCACUCUAACUGUACUGGUGAUGAGACGAAAUAAAAUCAGCUCCCUAAAUGAAAACAGCUUUUCUUCUCUCCAGAUGUUAGAUGAAUUAGAUUUGGCUAGCAACAAGAUUGAAUCACUUCCUCCAUAUAUAUUUAAGGAACUAAAGGAACUUUCACAACUGAACCUUUCUUACAACCCCAUCAAGAAAAUACAAAUAGACCAGUUUGAUUUUCUAACUAAACUCAAAUCCCUCUUAGAGGGCAUUGAAAUUGCAAACAUCCAGAGGAGAAUGUUCAGCCCCCUGAGAAACCUUUCCCACAUAUAUUUCAAGAAAUUCCAGUACUGUGGGUACGCUCCUCACGUGCGCAGCUGCAAACCCAACACUGAUGGGAUUUCCUCCCUCGAGAAUCUUUUAGCUAGCAUCAUACAGAGAGUGUUUGUCUGGGUUGUAUCUGCCGUUACCUGCUUUGGGAACAUUUUUGUUAUCUGCAUGAGGCCUUACAUCAGAUCAGAGAACAAGCUGCAUGCCAUCUCCAUAAUGUCUCUCUGCUGUGCUGACUGUCUGAUGGGGAUAUAUUUAUUUGUGAUUGGAGCUUUUGAUCUUAAAUAUCGUGGAGAAUACAACAAGCACGCUCAGUUGUGGAUGGACAGUAUCCACUGUCAAUUGGUUGGAUCGCUGGCUAUUCUGUCUACAGAGGUGUCAGUCUUACUGCUGACUUAUCUGACUUUGGAAAAAUACAUCUGCAUAGUUUAUCCUUUUAGGUGUUUGAAGCCCAGAAAAUGCAGGACAAUUUCCAUUUUGGUUCUUAUCUGGAUAAUUGGGUUUGCUGUUGCUUUUAUCCCACUGAGCAAUAAGGAAUUUUUCAGGAACUACUAUGGCACCAAUGGCGUCUGUUUUCCUCUUCACUCAGAACAAUCAGAAAGUUCAGGAAGUCAGAUUUACUCUGUUGUGAUUUUCUUAGGUGUAAACUUGGCAGCUUUUAUCAUCAUUGUGUUUUCCUAUGGGAGUAUGUUCUACAGCGUUCACCAGACAGCUAUCAUGGCUACUGAAAUUCGGAAUCAUAUUAAAAAAGAGAUGAUCCUUGCUAAACGUUUCUUCUUCAUUGUAUUUACUGAUGCACUAUGUUGGAUACCUAUUUUUAUUUUGAAACUCCUUUCUUUACUUCGAGUAGAAAUACCAGGUACCAUAACUUCUUGGGUGGUGAUUUUUAUACUGCCAAUAAAUAGUGCUUUGAAUCCUCUUCUCUACACUUUGACUACACGACCUUUCAAAGAAAUGAUUCACCAGGUUUGGUACAACUACAGACAGAGAAGAUCCAAAAGAGGUAAAGGCAGCCAGAAACCGUACGGUCCAUCAUUCAUUUGGGUAGAGAUGUGGCCAAUGCAUGAAAUCACGCCAAAGGUUACGAAGCCUGUGCUUUGUACAGACUCUUCUGAUGCUUCAGUGACUACACAGUCAACAAGACUGAAUUCCUACACAUAA